CACUGCUUCCGCUUUCUCAUUGUUUUGUUGAGACCUCCCCUCUCUCCAUCGGGACCUUGGGUCUCUUUCACCAUCCUUACAUACAUUUUAUUCCUCUGUGUCACCGCGGGCUUUGCGUCUACUCGGCCUUCGCAUCCUAUGAUCUACGACAAACUAUGCCUGUGUCGAGUUGCGACUCGCAUAUACUCAGAUAAGAAUAAUCGACUACACGAAUUUACGAUCCGUCAUUCUACGUCUUGCACAUACUAGUGCUACGAUCAUACACAAUCUGCCCGCAAAGCCAUAGUCAGACCGACAUUGCUAAAAAUGGCGAGGACGAAAGAUGGCAAGCGCACGAAGCUGGCGCCCAUGAAUAAAGUAGCAUAUGACUUGUGUCUUUGGAUGCUUUCAGUCCUACUGGAUCUUUUCUUCAGGGAAGUACAUCCAAGAGGAGCAUGGAAGAUUCCACGGAAAGGACCUGUGUUGUUCGUCGCAGCACCACACGCAAAUCAGUUUGUGGAUCCUUUAAUGCUUAUGCGGAUGGUCCGAACGGAAGCGCAUCGCCGCAUAGCAUUUCUUAUAGCUGCAAAAUCAAUGAAGCGAAGAGUUGUGGGCACACUUGCAGCUAUGGCUGGCGCUGUUCCUGUUGGCCGAGCAAUGGACCUGAAGCGCGCCGGCGAAGGAAAGAUAUACUUGCCGGAUCCCGAGAACGAGCCAAAUCUUCUUCGAGGUGUGGGCACGAAAUUCGAUUUCAAGGACUUCCAAGUUGGAGGCCUGAUCGUAUUACCAUCCGUGAACAAUGAUUCUGCCAGCGCCGAAAUAGCAGAGAUAAUAGGGCCAGAAGAACUACGCCUUAAGAAACCCUUCAAGGGCCCUGUGGCGAUAGGACAACUAACUGGGCGUAAAGUGAGCGAGGAUGGAAGUUUCACUGAUGGAUCUAGAGGGGCUACUGAAAGCUUUGAGGGAACUAAAUUCUCAAUUGCCCCCAAAGUCGAUCAGACCGAAGUUUACGAUUCGGUUUUCGAGAAACUUAAUCAAGGCGGCUGUGUUGGUAUAUUUCCAGAAGGCGGAAGUCAUGAUCGAACGGAGCUGUUGCCGCUCAAACCUGGUGUGGCCAUAAUGGCUCUUGGUGCAUUGGCUGCGAAUCCUGAUUGCGGGGUCACAAUCGUACCUUGUGGUAUGAACUACUUUCAUGCUCAUAAGUUUCGAUCACGAGCCGUGAUUGAAUUCGGUGAUCCUGUUGAAAUCCCCCCUGAACUUGUGGAGCUUUACAAGCAAGGCGAGCGGCGCGAAGCUGUCGGACAUCUACUAGAGACAGUAUACGAAGCGCUAGUAGCGGUGACGGUGACAGCGCCAGAUUACAAUACAUUGAUGUUGAUCCAGGCAGUUCGUCGCUUGUAUAACACCAAGGGCAAGAAGCUACCAUUGCCUAUGAUUAUCGAGUUAAAUAGACGGCUCACCAAAGGUUACGAACGUUACAAAGACGAUGAGCGAGUCAAGAAUCUCAUGAAAGAUGUCCUUUCAUACAAUAAAGAACUUUUGGCCCUCAACCUCCGAGACCAUCAAGUCGACUAUGCAAAAUUUUCAUACAUCAAGGCCAUUCUCAUUCUAUUUUACCGACUCGGCAAGAUUCUACUACUUGCCAUCGCUGUUCUUCCUGGCCUGAUUCUUUUCUCACCAGUAUUCAUCGCGGGCAAACUAAUAUCCAUCCAAAAAUCUAAGGAGGCCCUUGCUGCAUCUUCAGUUAAGAUCAACGCAAAUGAUGUCGUCGCUACAUGGAAACUUCUCGUUGCUAUGGCAUUGGCGCCCGCUCUCUUAAUAACGUACACGAUCGCCGGGACGUGGUGGGCAGUGCGCAACCGCAUUCAGGGAUACCUACCAGAGUCCGUUCCCAUUUUCAUGAUUCCAAUCAUAUCCAUCGUUCUCCUCCCGACAAUCACUUACGCUGCCCUUCGAUUCGGCGAAAUUGGCAUGGACAUUGUCAAGUCUCUUCGGCCGCUCCUAGUCUCUCUAUCCCCUACGUCCGGUAACUCCCUUACCAAACUGCGAGAACGCCGCACCAAACUCGCUGGCGCUGUUACCGAUCUUAUAAAUACACUAGGUCCUGAGAUGUUCCCUGAUUUCGAUGCGGCGCGUAUUGUCGCCGAUCCGCUUCGUGACGAUACUUCACCGCUAAGGUUACACCGCCGCAAUACCAGCGACAGUCUCACCACAGAAUCUCUCGACUCUGGGUCUACGUCGCCGAUAUCACCUGACAAGGAAAGAAGAACAUCCAUCGGGAUGGGUGUACCAAGUCGACAAAGUCAUCUUCCACGCAACGAGUCUUUCAAGAAUCUUGGGAAUAUUGGUCUGUUUGCUACACGCCCAACGACACCGCAUCGUAGUCGUAGUAGAACAAGCUCUGCUGGAGGCUCCGCUGGAUCAGCUGGAUUCUCUCUGCAAGGCUUUAGCUCACUAGACACAUCAGCUGGGUUUGAUGAAGUCAGUCAAAAGAUCAGAGGAGCUAUGAGGGAGCGAGGCCAGAGACGACGAAGCGGAGCAGAUGGCUUCGAACUUACCAGUGGAGCGACAACACCAGGGAGUGAGGAUGGCAAGAAGAACAUUUGAUAAAGCGGAAAUGGCUUCCGUAUCAUCCAGCGUGACGUCCUAGGUAUAGCUCAUGUUCCCUGCAAUAUCGUUCGACAACUUGGCGGAUGUAUUGGCUGGCUGUUGGCAGUAGAACACAUUUUUGAUCUGUAUGGUGGUUCAUAUAUUCAUAAAGCUAUGCUCAUGAUAUGCGACGCGUUUAUACAGCCUUUCAUACACAUACGAUGCGAGCAAGGCUCUUUGAUUUAUUAGCGUAGACCAGUUUGUAUGAUAUACUUUAACCGAAUCCGGUCUAGCCUCAAUCAAUACCACUUCCGCCGCCUUCUCCGUGGCUUGAGUAUCACCCUUUCCACACGCGGCCUGGUCGCGAGUCGCAACGCUUAUUGGGGCAUGAUCGGAUGUGGAAUUAAACAUCUAUACCAG